GCCGCUUUUCUAAAUUCUAACAGCAAAAUCAGAGACAAAAAGCAAACUGAAACAAAACUGGAGAAGGAAAGGGUUUAAGUAUCUCAGGGUUUUAAACCUUUUCAACUCUCCAGCUACAACAAAAACUCAUUUUGAACAGCGUCGACAAUAACCAUGGCGACGGCGUCUCAUGCUCAGGCCGUCAAGUCACUCAAUAAAUCCCCUGGUGGCCGCCGCUUUGUUUUCAAGUCUUUGUCUCAGAGAAUAGUAGAAAUUGAAAUUGAUGUCUAUAGAAGCCUUGAUAAAGUCAAGUCUCAGCCAUCUGAGGGGUCCUCCUUUUUCCGGGAUUGCCUUGUAGAAUGGAGGGAAUUGAAUACAGCAGAGGACUUCAUCUCGUUUUAUGAGAAGAUGAUGCCCUUAGUGCAGACAUUACCUUUAAUUCUAUUGCACAAAGAAUCAAUUUUCUCAGAACUUCUUUCUAGAUUACAAAUGAAAGCACGUUUAUCUCUUGAGCCUAUUCUCAGGCUAAUUGCAGCACUAUCUAGAGAUCUACUUGAAGAUUUCAUCUUCUUUUUGCCUAAGAUUGUGGAUUCAUUUUCCUUUCUUCUAGAAAAUGGUGCUGACAGGGAGCCAGAGAUUAUCGAGCAGAUUUUUACAUCAUGGUCUUAUAUUCUGAUGUAUUUGCAAAAGUAUCUUGUGAAGGAUGUUGUUCACGUGCUCAAGGUGACAGAAAAAUUAAGGUACUACCCAAAGGUUUAUGUACAAGAAUUUAUGGCAGCGGCAACAUCAUUCUUGCUGAGAAGUGCUCCCAAUGAGCAACUGAAAAAAGGCAUUAGAAAGAUCAUGUUUGAGGUUGUGAAAAAGCCAUUACUUGUGCGAAAACCUGGAGUUAGUGGCUUGCUAUAUCAUACCAUGAGAGGAACCCCUUCAAGAUUCCAUUCAAGAGCAGAUCGGGUAUUGCAGCUAUUGACAGAAAGUUCAAUAUUUACUAUUGGUGAUAAGUUUGACCAAGGCGUGGACGUUAUUAUUGAAGUCAUAACUUCUGCCUUUCAAAGAGAGUGUGAGGAUAUGGAACCAAAGGAAUUAGCUAUGUUGUGGAAUUGUUUAUAUCAGAAAAUAGAGAAGGCUCUAAAUGAUGACUACCGCCAUCUAAGCUGCCUUCUAUCACUGCUUAUAUCAACUGUCUCGAUCCAUGAUGGGGCGAAGGUUUCUGAUUACCAACCAAUGAUUGAACUAGUAAGGUCAAUUGUUCAGAAGUUUGUUGUGUCAUCUAGCAUAGUGGUGGCAGAAGACAAUUCUGAAGUUAUUGAUAAGGUUCUGCGGUUAAUGCUGUGUAUUCUUGAUGGACUCAAGAGUUUCAAUGAUACAUCUUCUAUAUCUUGCUGCUCAUUCCACUGGGCUCCUGUGUUUGCACUAAGGAACUCGAGUUGUUUGACUUUUAUUAGGGAACUGCUGGCAAAGGACACUUGUAUAGUACAUGCAUUCAGAGUUAAUAUUUUAAGUGCGAUGAAUGAUUUAAUGGAAACUUCACAGAAGGAAGUUGUGUGCCUGCUUAUGUCCUUCUGUGAGAGACUGCAAGAGGACCCUUUAGGCUCUGGCUUCUUAGAUGGAACAUCAGAAGAAGGGCUUUCAAGAAUUCGUGGUUUUCUAAAGGGUACAAUGUGCUCAUGGGUUGGAAUGAUCAACAAUAUUACUCUCGGUAAUCCAUCAUGUACUGUAAUUAGCAAGGAUGAGUUGGCUCUGCUAUGGGGAGUCAUCUGCUGCUAUCCCUAUAUGAUGGAUAUCCGAGAAAAGCCAUCCUUGCUAAUGGAUUUCAUAGAUGCACUUGAUGGCCUCUUGAUGAUUGGAGAUGAAAGCAUUGCUGGUGUUUCUAAACGUACUUGGCAAAGCCUGCUAGGAGCUGCUUUAAAUUCCUAUUUCAAAUGUGGGAAAGAAGAAUCUGGGCUUGAAGAGACAAGCAAAAUUUUGUAUCUUGCAAGAACAUACAAAUCAUCCUCGCAUAUAUUAUCUGCUAUUGCUGAUUGUUUGGAUUCCGUGCAUGGGCCAACAAUGGAGGCAUAUCGGAACCACAUAUCAUAUCAUCCUGAGUUAGCAAGAAAUAAGGCUGUGGAUGCACUAGGCAUAUUUGCUAAUAACUUGUGCAACUCAGACAAGGAAAUUCGUGUUUCAACCCUAAGAAUUCUGUGCCAUUAUCAAUAUCUAGACUCUGAAAUAUCUGCUGAAGAUCGGCGUCCUGAGAAGAGAAUGAAAACAGAAGUUGCUCAGACUCAUCCUGCAGAUAUUUCUAGCAUGGAUGUUCUCCAUCUCCUCCUCUCUAUUGAGGCAACUCCUCUUUCAAUUUCUACAAGCAGGAAAGUUAUCCUAUUAAUCUCUAAAAUGCAAAUGGGCCUCUCUGCUGGAAGAAUAUCUAAAACUUACAUACCUAUUGUUUUGAGUGGAAUAAUAGGCAUCUUCCACAACCGUUUCAGUUACCUGUGGAACCCGGCAUCUGAGUGCCUUGCAGUUCUGAUUGGGGAAAAUGCGACACUUGUGUGGGACAAGUUUGUCCAUUAUUUUGAGAAAUGUCUAUCUGUAUUUCAGUCAUCCCAUGAUAAGCUUGAUGGAGAAAAUACUGAAUUGCCUUACAAGUCCAAUGAAUUGAUCGAUCGUUUUAAUUCUUUUGCUGUUCCUGAAUCCGAUAGCACGCCACAUGCAACAGUUCUAUCCUCAUUGCUGCAGACUUUACAAAAAAUUCCUUCUAUAGCUGAGGCUCAUUCUCGACAAAUUGUACCGUUGUUCUUGAAGUAUUUGGGCUACGAAAAUGAUGAUCUUCACAGUGUGGGGUCAUUCAAUUCAGAUUCUUGCAAUGGCAAGGAGUGGAGGGGCGUCCUCAAAGAAUGGUUGAACUUGUUCAGACUUAUGCGGAACCCUAAGGCCUUUUACUGGAGUCAGUUCUUAAAAGAUGUUUUGCUAAUAAGGCUUAUGGAUGAAAACGAUGCUGAAAUCCAGAUGAGGGUUCUUGAUUGUCUCUUAACCUGGAAAGAUGACUUUUUGCUCCCAUAUGAGGGGCAUCUGAGAAACUUGAUCAGUUCAAAACAUUUAAGAGAAGAACUAACAACAUGGAGUUUGAGCAGAGAAUCUCUUCUAAUUGAAGAAAGCCACAGAGCUAAUCUCUUACCUCUAAUUAUUUUUCUUCUAAUACCAAAAGUUAGGAAACCAAAGACACUUGCCUCUCGUAAGCAUACAAGUGCACAUCAUCGGAAGGCAGUUCUUCGGUUCAUAGCUGAACUUGAUGUCAAUGAGAUUUCUCUUUUCUUUGCUUUGUUAAUAAAGCCCUUGCAUAUUAUAUCAAAUGGAGCUAAUUCUACCAUGGGUAUGUUUUGGAGCUUACCCAAAAAUUCCACUGUUGAACUUCAACCACUAAAUAUCUUGAAGUACUUCACCUUGGAGAAUAUUAUGGCGCUCUCCUGGAAGAAGAAAUAUGGGUUUCUGCAUGUCAUUGAAGAUAUUCUUGGAGUUUUUGAUGAGUCACAUAUCAGACCUUUUCUAGAUUUGUUAAUGGGAUGCGUAAUUCGAAUGCUAAAAAGUUGCACUUCAAGUCUUGAUGUUGCAAAGGCCACUGGAACUGAAGGUCAUUCAUCUGUCAAUGUUCAAUUGCAUAAAGAUGACAGUGCUGCAGUGAAUAAAUCCCUGACCAGCACAGCUCUGAAGCAGUUAAGGGAUUUGAGGUCUUUGUGCCUGAAAAUUGUUUCUGUUGUUCUCAACAAGUAUGAUGAUCAUGAUUUUGGUUGCGAUUUGUGGGACAUGUUCUUCGCUUCAGUAAAAUCUUUAGUUGAUGGUUUCAAGCAGGAGGGUUGUAGUAGUGAGAAACCAAGUUCACUGUUCUCAUGCUUUUUGGCUAUGAGUAGCAGUCACCACCUUGUACCAUUAUUGUCUAGGGAAAUGAAUCUUGUUCCCGAUAUUUUCUCCAUCCUGACUGUUACUACUGCCUCUGAGGCUAUCAGGUCUUGUGUUCUUAAGUUCAUUGACAACCUGUUGAAUCUUGAUGAAGAGUUGGAUGAGGACAAUAAAGUAAAAGAUGUUCUACUUCCAAACCUUGAUCAACUUAUCAGCAGCUUGCACUGUUUCUUUCAGGGCAAUAGAGCAACCAAGAGUUAUACCGGGAAAUUGGCCAAAUAUCCCGAGGAAAUACACAUUAGGAUGUUCAAGAUGUUGUCAAAGUACAUCCGAGAUCAAUUGCAGUCGAACAAAUUUUUGGAUGUCCUGCUUCCAUCGUUGGCUAAAAGAUCCAAAGAUUCUGGCGCCUCUGUUGAAUGCUUGCAAGUCAUUCGAGACAUUAUACCAGUGUUAGGAAAUGAGAGCACUGCAAAAAUUCUUAAUGCUAUCUCUCCACUUCUAAUUUCUGUUGAAUUGGAUACGCGGUUGAAUAUUUGUGGUCUGCUUGAUGCUCUUGCUAAAAUUGAUCCUUCUGUACUCUUUGUGGCAAAACUUAUCCGUGAAUUGAAUGCAACCUCUACAGUGGAAAUGGGUGGCCUUGAUUAUGACACCAUAGUCAAUGCUUAUGCAAAGAUUGAUGUUGAGUUAUUCUAUUGCCUUCAAGAAGAUCAUGCAUUAGUUGUCUUGUCACAUUGUGUGUAUGAUAUGUCAUCAGAAGAGUUAAUCUUAAGGCACAGUGCUUAUAGGUCAUUGCUUACGUUUGUCGAAUUCUCCGCCGUGAUUCUUGGUGUAGAAGCUAAAAGUCAUUCUGGGACACCUCAGGUGAUUACAGCAAAGAGCAAAUGUAGUUGGACAACAACAUGCCUUCAACGUUUAAUGAACAAGUUCUUUUUGAAACACAUGGGGAAUGCAAUGAGGGAAGGAAGUUCAGUUAGAAAGGAAUGGAUUGAGUUACUACGAGAUAUGGUGUUAAAACUUCCAGAAGUGGAGAAUCUCAGUUACUUAAAGGCUCUGUGUUCUGCUGAUGCCGAACAAGAUUUUUUCAACAAUAUUAUUCAUUUGCAGAAACAUAGGAGGGCAAAGGCACUUUCACGCUUUAGUAAUGUUAUCAAUAAAAGUAACAUGUCAGAGGGCAUCAUGAAUAAAGUGUUUGUUCCACUCUUUUUCAAAAUGUUAUUAGAUGUACAAGGUGGAAAGGGAGAAAAUAUUAAAUCUGCAUGCCUUGAAGCUCUUGCUUCAAUUGCCUCUCAGAUGAAGUGGAAAUCAUAUUACGCAUUAUUGACUCGAUGCUUUCAUGAGAUGAAGAUGAAUUUGGAUAAGCAGAAGGUUUUAUUGCGGCUGGUUUGCUCAAUGUUGGACCAGUUCCAUUUUUCACAAAAUUCUUCCUGUGAAUUUGGCACUGAUAUCAUGGAGACAGGUUCUUUAGCUACAUUGCGCAAAUGUGAUAGUAAUUCUGUUGUAGCUGCCGAGAUACAGGCAUGCCUUCAUAAAACUGUGCUUCCAAUGAUGCAAAAGUUACUGGAUUUCGAUUCUGAUAAGGUCAAUGUUAAUGUCAAUGUGGCUGUUCUGAAAGUGUUGAAGUUGCUUCCUGGAGACAUAAUGGACUCGCAACUUCCAAGUAUCAUUCAUCGCAUUGCAAACCAUUUAAAGAAUCGGAUGGAAAGCAUCCGUGAUGAAGCUAGGCUUGCUUUGGCUGCUUGUUUAAAGGAGCUUGGGCUGGAAUAUUUGAAGUUUAUAGUCGGGGCCUUGAGAGCUACCUUGAAGCGAGGAUAUGAGCUUCAUGUGUUGGGGUAUACUCUGAACUUUAUUUUGUCAAAAUUUCUUUCAUCUCCCAUCUGUGGGAAAUUGGAUUAUUGUUUGGAAGAUCUCCUUUCUGUGGUAGAGAAUGAUAUUCUUGGGGAUGUUGGCGAGGAGAAAGAUGUAGAAAAGAUUGCUUCUAAAAUGAAAGAAACUAGGAAGCUGAAGUCUUUUGAUACAUUGAAAAUAAUUGCACAAAGCAUAACAUUUAAAAGUCAUGGCUUGAAACUUCUGUCACCUAUUAAAUCUUAUAUGCAGAAGCAUCUGACACCAAAAGUGAAAGCCAAAUUGGAAACUAUGUUAAAUCAGAUAGCGGCUGGUAUUGAAUGUAAUCCAUCUGUUGAUCAGACAAAUCUAUUUAUUUUUAUUUAUGGGUUUGUUGAAGAUGGAGUCAUUGAAGAAAUUGGUCAGGGGGAGAAUCCUUCUGGUACAGAGUUGAUACCCUACUCUAGACAUAAUGUGCUUAAGAAAACAGUUUCUUCAACCCAAGUUGUUGGAACUAAAUCAGGGUGCUCACAUCUUAUUACUGUGUUUGCUCUUGACUUAUUCCACAACCGAAUGAAGAGUGUGAAACUGGCUAAAGAAAAUGCAGAACUUCUGUCAAUGUUGGAUCCCUUUGUUAAACUGUUUGGCAGCUGCUUGAGUUCUAGAUAUGAAGAUAUAUUAUCUUCAUCCCUUAGAUGCCUUACUCCACUGCUAAGGCUACCUCUACCAUCACUUGUGUCACAGGCUGAUAAAAUAAAGGUGACAUUAUUAGAUAUUGCUCAGAGUUCUGUUAAUGCCAACAAUUCGCUGAUGCAAUCAUGUCUAAAAAUGUUAACUGUGCUCCUGCGAAGUACUAAAAUCACCCUUUCAUCUGAUCAACUGCGUCUACUAAUUCAGUUUCCGUUGUUUGUUGAUCUUGAGAGCAAUCCCUCUUUCAUUACCCUCGCACUUCUAAAAGCAGUAGUUAGUCGCAAGCUGGUUGUUCCUGAGAUAUAUGAUGUUAUGAUUCGGAUUGCAGAACUAAUAGUUAGAAGCCAAGUGGAUUCAAUUCGUAAGAAAUGCAGUCAGAUUUCGUUGCAAUUCUUACUUGAUUAUCAUCUUUCAGAAACAUACUUGCAACAACAUUUAGAUUUUCUGCUGAAGAACUUAAGUUAUGAGUAUUCAACUGGGAGAGAAGCAGUGCUGGAAAUGCUUCAUGCCAUAAUAAUCAAAUUUCCCAGAAACUUUCUGGAUAAACAUGCACAAACAAUAUUUAUCCAUUUGGUGCAGUGCUUGGUGAAUGACAAUGAUAGUAAAGUCCGUGCAAUGGCUGCUACAGUUAUAAAGCUUCUGAUUGGACGAGUAAGUCCGCAUUUACUGGAUUCCAUGCUCGAUUUUAGUCUGUCCUGGUAUGUGGAUGAGAAGCGGCGAUUGCAGAGUACUGGUGCACAGGCCUUGGGACUACUAGUCGAGGUCAUGACUAAAAGCUUUCAAAAGCAUAUCAGCAGUAUAUUGCCUGUCAGUAGAACUAUUUUGCAGGCUUCAGCUCAUGUUGUUGCUGAUAGACCAUCACUAGAUCUUUCUGUUGAAGUUGUUCCUCUAUGGAAAGAAGCUUAUUUUUCGUUAGUUUUGCUGGAGAAGAUUCUGCAUCAUUUUCAACACCUCAGCUUCAAAAGGGAUCUUGAGGAUAUAUGGGAAGCAGUAAGCGAGUUGCUCUUACAUCCACAUCCAUGGUUGCGCAACAUAUCAAGUCGCCUUGUGGCCUUUUACUUUGCUACUGCAACUAAGACCAGUAGGGAAAAUCAUGAAAAACCGUUGGGACAUUUUCUCCUUAUGAGGCCACAUAGGCUUUUUAUAAUAGCUGCUUCCCUCUGCUAUCAGCUAAAAACACAAGUCAUUGAUGAUGCUGCUGAAAACCUGAUUACACAGAAUCUCGUUUUUACAGUUUGUGCCAUCCAUUCUUUGAUGGGAAAAGCAGAAUGUCCAGAACCUUAUGUCUUCUGGACGGGUCUUGAACCACAUGAACAGGGGCUAUUUCUGAAAGCUUUUCAGUUGCUAGAGUCGAGAAAAGGAAAACAUGUGUUUUUAAAUGUCGUCUCUGGUGUACGUGAUCAAGAUGACAAAGACCAGCCUGAGAAUCUCCAGUAUCUGCUCGUCUCUAAUUUAAUCAAGGAGAUGGGGAAAAUUGCUCUUCAAAUGGAGGCUAUUCAGAUGAGAAUCAUUUUUAAUAGUUUUGGAAAGAUUUCUUUGCAAAUCAAGGACGAUGGAUUGCAGCGUUAUGCAUUUGACAUGGUGCUGCCCUUCUAUAAAGUUUGCGAAGGAUUUGCUGGGAAAGUCAUCUCUGAUGACUUGAAGCAGCUAGCUCAAGAAGUUUGUGAGAGUAUGCGGAACACUUUAGGCAUCCAAAAUUUUGUACAGGUUUACAGCGAGAUAAGAAAGAGUAUUAAGGUGAAGAGAGACAAGCGGAAAAAAGAGGAAAAGGUCAUGGCCGUCGUCAACCCUAUGCGAAAUGCCAAGAGGAAGCUACGGAAUGCAGCGAAACAUCGUGCCCACAAGAAAAGGAAGAUAAUGACCAUGAAAAUGGGAAGAUGGAGGCGUUGAGAAUUGAAAAAUUUUAUCGCUUCCAUGGACUAGCAAUUGAGUAUCUGGUUUUCUCCUGCAUUUUGCCUCCUCACUGUACUAUCAAUCAACUCUAGGGUGUCAGGUUUUAGCCAACCCUUCUUUGUAUAGCAAAACAUUUUAUAACUGUUUUUGAGCUAUUCUUUUAGUAACAGGAUCACCUCUCCAAAUGCAAAUUUUGCAAUUUUUAUA